AUGCCAAAAGGCUGCUUUGAAGAGUUUACACCUAUCAUCGCUGCUGAUGAGUCUGAUGAUGAAACCUACCUGUUCCAGUGCUCCAGUGCAGGUCUGUACCAGUGCAGUGUGACCAGCCUGGUGUUUGACAUGCAGGGAGAAGGAGACGUGGUUUACAGGACUGUCCCUUGGAACAGGAGGCUGCUGGCCCAACACCACAAGAAGCCUGCAGGACCCCUGUUUGACAUUAAAUGUCAGCAGCAGUCUGUGUGUCAGCUUCAUCUCCCACACCGUGAGGUCAUCUCCACAGGUGGAGGUCGGUCCUUGAAGGUCGCUCAUGUGGAUAAGCUUGAAGAUAUCGAGUUUAUUACCCCUCACCAGAUAACAGAAACUCACGUUGUUAUAAGCAUCACAGGGUUUUCUUGUUAUGGUAUUGUCAGAGAUGACACUUCUCCCCCUGGCCCAGUCCAAGCUUUGAUUCUCCUCUUCUACAAACCUCCAGUUGAUCCUGAUCCCAGGUCUGUCCUCAGUGUGUUGUUGGUGCCGAGGAAUGUAGUGAUUCGCCAUGUUAAGCGUGCCAGGAGGGAAUUAAAUGGUGAAGAGAUGUACAUAGACAUACCCUCGAGAUGUAGUCUGUUUCCAAAGCAGGUUUACACUUUGUCCACUGCUCCCGAUGAUGACCUGAUUGUAGUUCAACCAAAUGAAGCAGAGUUUCAUGACGAGUAUUUUAACAGCUCAGUUCCAUCAUUCCAGGUGAUUUUCAACAGAGUCAUUACAGAUGUUAACCUGAGUCUGACACACCAGAACAGCCCCAGCUGUGUCUGGAAGAGUGAGGUUUGUCUUUUGCCCAACAGAGUGAGAACAUUGAGUCUCCCUCCAAAUGAGAAACUGUUAAAUGUACGGAGCUCAUUUAUUAAAGGGAUAUCAGCACCUGUUCUCAGCAGUCUGAUGGACAAACUGCUGGAGAAAAAGGUGAUAACUGAUGCUGAGAGGGAGGAAGCAAACGUAAUGCCAAACAGAAGUGACAGAGCUCGUUUUGUUAUCGACACUGUGAGGAACAAAGGUGAACGUGCCACUUCACAGAUGAUUGAGUCUCUGUGUGAGCUUGACUCCUUCUUCUGUGAGUACCUUGGGCUGAUUUAA